AUUAUGUACUGAAACAGUCAAAAUGUCAGAGUGCAUAAAACGAGUGAAGGAGGUGGGCGUCUUAGUUACUUCAAACUCGCGUCUGCAUUUCACUUCCAUGUAAACAAGGAAGUGGUGAAGCUGAAGGCAUCUCACUGCUCCGACUGACGUUCAGUCGGCAUCCAGACGACAUGAAGGCUCCAUCUGUCUCUCUGCUCCUCGGUGUGUGUGUGCUGCUGCUGUCUGCACUAGCUGUUUCUGCAGUCUCUCUGCAGGUCAGUCCAAACCUCCAGCAGAUCUUCAAAAAAUACGCUUCUUCUGUGUCUCUGAGUUGUGUUGAUGAUGAUGGACAGACAGCUGAUGGAUGGAAGGUGAUGAUAACAACAGAUGACUACAGUUAUGACUGUGCUGACAGUCCAAGCUGGUAUGGAUAUGGUGUGGGAUAUUACUCUUUCUGUAUUCUGGAUUCAUUCUUCUCCUCUGAUCAUUUUUACUUCUGUGAAAACUCGUCUGGACAGCAGAGCGAUGAAGUCUCCAUCAGCAUUUCAGAUAGAAGUGUGAUCCUGGAGAUCCCUGCACUUCCUGUGAGGGCAGGAAGUAAUGUCACUCUGCGCUGCAGAAACCACAGGGGUUCAACAGUCGAAGCUUAUUUCUUCAUUAAUGGGAGUCAUGUUGGACCUGAACAUCAGUCAGAGCUCAUCAUCACUAAUGUGCAGAAGUCUGAUGAAGGUGUCUACUCGUGUUCUGUCGGUGUAGAUAAAGAAUCUCUUAAGAGCUUUCUGAGGGUCAGAGAGCCUGCUGCCACCUCUUCUUUCUCCCCUCCUCCCCCUUUUCUUCCCCCCUGCCUCCUCCUCCUCCUCCUCCUCUUCCCCCUUUGUCUGUACUGAGACUCUCCUGCCAUCUAGUGGUCUUCUGUCCAUACUGCAUCUCUGCUUGUGUGCUGCUGUCCAUCUGAUGCAGCAGGAAGAUGGCAAAGAAAUCAGCCAUCUCCAUGGAGAUGACCCAGCACGAUGGAGGAUGUCAAGGAUUGGAUGGAGACUAUGAAUGCAUGACUGCUGAUGUCAACGCUGAGUGUUAAGUCUGGUUUGACUUCUGGCUGUUCCUGAGUGCUCCUGGAUUCACAUGUUCAUUACUUUAACGCUGCAGCUGCUGAAGGCGGAGCUCCUUUGAGUGACCCCACCCUCUGUCCCGCUAGGUGUGACAGAGGCUUACUGCAGCAUUUUACACCUGAUAUGCUUUAAUGCUUUAAUACCAGCCCAAGAUGUGUUCAUGAUGUGUUUAUCAUCUGCUCCUGUACUGAUGAUGUUCAGCCUCCUCUGUGUAUAAAUAGUCCUGUCUUCAGAUCA